UAUUUUCUGGACUACUAUAACAUUCUACUAUUUUAAUUAUAUGCUAGCCAAAGAAAAGGUGUAGGUAAAUGGAAGAGAAGAUACAGAUUAUAACAACUGACAGGGAAGGAGUAUUAGGUGGGUUUGAGUGGGAAAGUUAUAUAGAAGAGUGUCUAUGGCUAGUAAUCUAUUUUUUUUCCCUUGGGAAAUCUGACUUCAAAUAAUGGUAGAGAGCAACUAAAAGUACUAAUGUUUGCUGUUUCACUAAGAUUCAGGUUUCAUGUAGAAGAAUUUAUGUUUUCGUAAUUUAAUUUUUAAAAAGGAAAUGAAAAGACAUUCAAAAAAUCAACAAGUCAGUGUCACACAUUACCAAAUUGAACUUGAACGGGCACUGUCUUGGAAACAGAAUGAGAAAAUAAAUGAUCACAGAAACAUGUCUUCUUUCCCAAAUCCCAAUCCUUAACAGUAUUCAAUGUAUUUUCCUGCUGCUUCACCAACUUCCCAAGUCUAUAAGUUUGUUUUCUAUGCCUAUAAGUUCAUUGCUUGUCUCAGUCUUAACUCAUUCACAUUUUGGAAUCCCAAAGACCAGAUUUUCUCUGUUCUUUGCUCUCUAGUGGUUAAGCUCUGCCAUGGCAACCGGGAAAAAUGCAAAGCCAUAGGCAUUGACCUUGGCACAACCAAUAGCUGUGUUGCCGUGUGGAGAAACAACCAUGUCGAGAUCAUUCCAAAUGACCAAGGCAGACGCACCACCCCUUCCUGCGUUGCCUUCACUGACACUCAAAGGUUAGUGGGUGAUGCUGCCAUCAAGCAAUUAGACCUGAAUCCACACAACACCAUUUUUGAUGUCAAGCGUUUGAUCCGUCGGCGAUUCUCUGACCAAUCAGUUCAGCAAGACAUGAAGCUAUGGCCUUUCAAGGUUGUCCCUGGCGCCAGAGACAAGCCCCUUAUUGCAGUAACUUACAAAGGUGAAGAGAGAAAGCUUGCAGCUGAGGAGAUAUCUUCCAUGGUGUUGUUAAAGCUGAAGGAGGUUGCUGAAGCUUAUCUGGGACAUGAAGUGACACGUGCUGUGAUCACUGUCCCUGCUUACUUCAACAACUCACAGAGGCAGGCCACUAAGGAUGCAGGGGAAAUUGCUGGUUUCAAUGUGGUGAGGAUCAUGAAUGAGCCAACUGCAGCUGCUAUUACUUAUGCGUUGAACAAGAAGGAACGGAUAGAGGGUAAGCAGAAUGUGCUGGUAUAUGAUCUUGGUGGUGGUACUUUGGAUGUUUCCUUGGUGACUCUUGAAGAUGGGAUGAUUGAGGUUAAGGCCACAGUUGGAGAUACCCAUUUGGGUGGUGUGGAUUUCAGUAACAAUUUGGUGAACAAUAUUGUGGAUGCGUUCAAGAGAAAUAAAACCAAGGACAUCAGUGAGAAUGCCGAAGCCAUGAGGAUGUUAACUUCAGCGUGUGAAAAAGCAAAGAGGGCAUUGUGUUACGAUUCCAGUACCCUCAUUUUGCUUAAAUCUCUGUUGGAAGGGAUUGAUCUACAUGUCCCUGUUACGAGGGAGGAUUUUGAGUUUUUGAACAUGGAUAUGUUCAAUGGGUGCAUGGAGACAGUGGAGAAGUGCCUGGUUGAGGCAAAAAUUGAUAAAAGUGAAGUCCAUGAGGUUGUUCUCGUAGGGGGAUCUACUAGAAUUCCAAUGGUUAGGCAAUUGUUGAAUGACAUGUUCUACUGUGGGUAUGAUUUAGUCUCAGGGCUUUGCAAUGUUAUCAAUCCUGAUGAAGCUGUGGCAUAUGGUGCAGCGGUCCGGGCAGCGAUGUUGAACGGUGAGGUGGAAGACAUGUUAUUGAUGGAUGUUGUGGCACACAGUGUUGGAGUUGAGAUAAAUGGUGGUGUUAUGUCUGUGGUGGUUCCAAGGAAUACCAUGCUCCCCACCAAGAAUGAGAGAGCUUUCUCCAUCAAUUUUAAUGAUCAGAAUUGUAGUUACUACCUUAGUUACGUGCGCGAUACUUUUCAAGACUGUCACAAUCUUCCAAACGAGCAACUCUCCACGAUACUUGGUCCGAUAUAUGAUAGAAUAGAGUCCAUCUCCCUCCAUGGCUACAAACUGAGACGCAGAUGUAGAGCUAACUGGAACUCAGAGUCCGGUAUUAGAGUUUUGAUCAAAGUGUACGAAGGAGAAGAAAGCAGGACUAAUGACAACUUGUUCCUCGGGGAGAUAGAGGUGCCAGCGUUGCCUCAGAUCAAUGUUUGUUUUGAAGUAGAUUCUGGUGGCAUUGUGAAGGUCACUGCAGAAGGUAAGACCAUGAGGUUGGAAGGAAGGCUAAGCGCGGAAGAGAUAGGAAGAGAUGCAGAGUGGUAUAAGGAGAAGGACACGUUUGAGUUUUCUGCUCAUGAGAUGAGCAACAGAUUGAAGAAGCUUGAGAAUUCUGCUUAUGAGACGAGUAACAGUUUGAAGAAGCUUGAGAAGGGUUUGGAGGUUGUGUUGGAGUCCAUAGAUAUAUAGAAUUUGUUGCAUGGCAGAUAUUAAAUGACUGAAGCUGAUUGGUUUGAGUACAGAAAACUGGAGUUGAAAAUGGAUAUGCAUUUCCUGUAUUCUAAUGCACUUUUAUACAUGAAGACUUGGUUUGGGUUCGGUUGGUUUACUUUAAGUAAAAUUAACAUACACCUUCCUCAUAUAAAAUGAAGUUUUCCAUUAGUUAUUUUGUACGGGUACAUUUUUUAAUUAUAAUAAUAAAUUACAUUUUUAGUUCACAAUAA